CCUCGUCCCCCACAGCCGAUGGCCAGGGCGGCGCCGCGGUGGGAAUCCCGGGGCCUGGGCCCAGCUCACACGGCUCCAUCUGCCCCCGCACCACGCAGCGACCCCGCAGCACCCUGCGGGCUGCGCCGCAGCCCAUUGCACCUGCUGCUGCGUGGGAGCACCCGCAAUGUCUCUGUGUGGAGGCCGCAAGCGUCACGCAAAGCUGCUGUGAAGGUGGCGCCAUGCUCCUGGCUGCGAGUCCUACUGCUGCUCGUGGGUGCUGCGGCCAUGCCAGGAACCAGCGCCGGCUCCCACUGCUACCGGCAUUUCUACACAGGGGUGUCAGACCCCAGCCCAGGCGUGCCCGUCUUCACUGCUGUGGGCUACGUGGACGACCAGCGAAUUCUCCAUUACGACAGCGAGACGCGGAGACAGGAGCCGCGUGGGGACUGGGUGCAGGGGGCCGUUAGCCCUGACUUCUGGGACAUGGAAACCUGGACCUUGUGGGGCUGGCAAGACGGAUUUGAAUCAAACCUGGUCACCCUGCGGGAUCGCUACAACCAGACCAGGGGGUCUCACACGCUCCAGUUCAUGUACGGCUGUGAGCUCCACGAAGACAAGAGCACCGGAGGCUACAUGCGGUUUGGCUAUGAUGGAGGAGACUUCGUCAGCUAUGACCUGGGAACGCGCACCUGGGUAGCAGAAAUAACACAGGCCCGGGUCACCCAGUGCAGGUGGAAUGAGGAUAAGGCCCUUCUUCAAGAUGCAAGAUCCUACCUGGAGGAGACCUGCAUCGUGUGGCUGCGGCAGUUCCUGCAGCACGGGGAGGCAGCGCUGCAGAGCAAGCGUCCCAUGGCACAGGUGAGCGACAGGCCAUCCCGGGAUGGACGCACCACCCUGGCCUGCCGGGUCCACAGCUUCUACCCCAAGAACAUCUCCGUCGUCUGGCUGAGGAAUGGGGAGGCGCAGCCCCAGGAGACGAGCUGCUCGGGGGUCCUUCCCAGCGGAGAUGGGACCUUCCAGACCUGGGCCACCAUCGAGAUCAACCCGAGCAGCGACCACAACUACACCUGCAGCGUGGAGCACGAAAGCCUGGAGUCCACCCGGAUGCUGGCUGUGGGUGUUGUUAUCGGUGUUGUCCUGCCAGUCGUUGCUGUGAUGGGCGCAGCUGGUUACUUCCGCAGGAGACGGGGAGUGGGACACAGAGCGGUACUGCACAGAGCAGUGCCCACCCAUGAAGCCUUGCAGAGCCAAGCCCCAGAGAGAGAAACCCAGGAGAGAGAAGCCUUGGAGAGCUGCGGUUAAUGGAUCCCAGUGGAGCCUGCACCGCCUGCGGAAGGGCCAGGAAGUAGGAGGGGGAACAGCACAAAACAACGCAUUACAGCCCAUUCGCAUUACAGCCCAAAAGCUUGUCCUUUUUGAUUUAAAGAAGUUUUUCCUGUU